UAGCUAACUUCCGGUAUUGUAUCUUUCCGGAAUCAACAAACAACACGUGUGUGCCUGUGAAAGCGAUCAAAAAGUUAGACUUUAAAACCUCAAAUGUAUUAAUUAACCCCAAUAAUGUCUAAAAGAGAAAAAAGAGUCGAAUCAAAGAUCAAGAAAGCCCGUGCGUUUUUAAAUUUAGCCAGACUUAACAAGGAGGAAGAUGUAAGCCCAACAUUUGACAAAUAAUUACUAGUCUUCCAAGUUCUCUAACUCUUGGCCAGGAGUAGAAUUGUAAGAAGAUGAAGGGUAGGAAAAGAAAUAUUGAGGAUGACAAUGAUUCAUCUCAAUCAACAAAGAAAAAAUUGAAGAUGAAUAAUGGUAAAAAUCUAAUAGAGGUGAAUGGAGAUCGAUCUAAGCUACCACUGCAAAUGUUAACAGAAGAGGAAAUGGUUGAACUGAUAGAAAGGAGAAAAGCAGCAAUGGAGAAGCCUAAAAUUUAUCUAACAUUGAAAGACUUGGCUGAAGAAUACAGAAAGAGAAUAUCAAAAUUAUCUGAGAAUGAUGUUACAGAGGAUACAUGUCCAUCAUUAUAUGCUCUAGAUUUACAAUGUCUUAUACUGAAUGCGAUCGAAGGCAGUAUAUCUAGUUAUUUUCCAAGGUGGUGUAAAUUAUUAAGACAGUCUAAAAUAACAUCAAUAGUAGUAAUGGUUAUAAAUGGUGUAUCUUUAUCAGAUGUUCUUAGUAAUGAAGAUUGUUUCUCCUACCUCACAACAAAUCUACCUAUGCACAUUGAAAUAACCCCACCGUUGCAAUACGAAAGUUCUUUUGAGAAAGAAAUAUUUCGUGUACGGUUGUCAGAAUCUCAGUGGGCAGCAAAAAUACGAGAUACUAAAUACAGCUCUCAAGAACCUUGCAAAAAAGUCAAUGGAAUAACAAAUAAAGCUGAUUCAAGAAAAUUGUCAGAGUUUGUUCCAGCAGAUCCUGUAGACAAAUUUGACAGACGAUUGUUAUUAUUAAAUGUUAUUGAUAUGAUCCAAGAUGGCUACCCUCUACCAUUACUAAGAGAUGGUAUGUAUAAUAGUUUCAAGUUUACCAAAGAUGAUUAUAUGAAAUUAACAGCUAAUAGUCCUAUGUUUGCUGUAGAUUGUGAGAUGUGUGCUACACGGUAUGGUAGAGAAUUAUCUAGAAUAGCUGUAGUCAAUGAGAAGUUGGAGGUUUUAAUGGAUAGACUGGUGAAACCUAGAAAUGAUAUUAUAGAUUAUAAAACAAGAUUUAGUGGAAUAACAGAAGAAAUGUUAAGAAAUGUAGCAACACGGCUAGAAGAUGUACAGAAAGAAUUUCAACAAUUAAUACCUGCUGAUGCUAUAUUAAUUGGUCAUUCAUUUUGUAAUGAUUUGAUUGCUUUGAGGAUGUUCCAUCCAUAUGUUAUAGAUACAAGUGUGAUAUAUAAUUUAGGUAAAAAGAACUACAAAUCAGGUCUUAGUACUCUUACCAGAUACUUUCUAAAAAAACAUAUACAAAUCAGUUUAAAUGGUCACUCUCCCGUAGAAGAUGCAAUAGCAACAAUGGAACUAGUACUUCUUAAAUUAAGAACAGGUGUAGAUUUUGGUGAUAUGUUAUCAGGUUGUACUGUAACAUCAUUUAAUUUAUCCGAACCAGUGGGUACGCAAGAAACAACUGGUAAUAGUAAAACUAUAACUGAUGGCAAAUCAGUUUAUUUUAAUCCUACUGAUGAUCAACUCUCACAAACUUUGUUUGAUAUACUUAAUAAAGUCAACAAAACUAAUGUUGUGAUAGGUAGAGACCAUUUUCCAAUUGAAGUAAUUAAAGGAGCUAAUGUUGUAGCUGUUGAUAAUGAUACGGAUUGUGUAAAGAAGGCUAAAAAGCUCAUUAAGAAAAAACAAUUUGUGUGGUUAAGCCUUGAAGAUUGUGUUGAAGAAAAAAAACUGUUAAAAAAGAAAUCUUAUAAAUAUGAUAAAUUUCGCCAAAUUGAUGGUCAAAUACAGAAAAUAGCAGCCAGUUGUCAACCACAUUCUUUAUUUAUUCCUGUGUUUAGUGGAAAAACCAAAAAAGGACAAAUUCUUAAUUCUGGAGCCUAUGUUCAUAUAACUUGAUGAGAUGUAAAUCCACCAGCAAUAAAUUAUUAUGUCAAAACAUAGUACAUUGUCUAUUUUGUUAUUGAAAGGUC